AAAAAAAAUCACUAUUCCGGUUUACGAAACGGGAGGCGGGUUUCUUCAAAACAUUAUGGCGUCGAGAAGAACAACAAAAGUGCCAAGUAGUUCUAAAAAUGCCACCAACGACGCUAAAAGUGGGAGCAAUGCUAAUAAAGCAAACAACAGUGGAAACGCGAAGAAGAAUGUUAAAUCAAGUGGGACUUUUGUCAAGUCUCGAUAUAUGCAGGCUGCUGAGAAGAUAUCUCUUUCAAAGAGUAACUCGCUCACCAAUGAAUCUAUUGCUGUGCCACCAAGGCCUUCCUCACCUAAACCCAGCGGUGUCAAACCAAAGGUGGGCACUCCACCAAGACGCUCAAUGGUCCCACAGGCACUAGCAGCAUCAAUGAUGUCAAAUGAAAGCCAGCCAUCACUGCUAGGGAAACGUAUUCUGCAGUCCACUUUCUCAGAUGGACACUGCUUUGAACCAGAUUUUGAUAUUUCAGUCAUUAAAGAAAAUACAGUGAUUGAAAAUGCAGUAGAACCGGAGAAAAUUGCAGAGAUUGAGAUGCAAACAUUCCAACUGGCCUACCUCACAGCUAAGAUGGAGAGCAACACCAUGAAGUAUAUGGCUGAGGCAGAGGCAAGGAUCCUGCAGAUGAUGGAGGAAGAAGAGGUGCUGUAUAAUGAGGUCCAAGCCAAGAAGCGCCAGUUCCUCCUCAUGGAGAAGAAAAGGCUGGUGAAUGAACUGGUAGAUUUGCAGAUUGCUGCACUGACCCCUGUGGCAGAAGCUGUUGAGCACUUCACAAAGGACUACAAGUCUUUUGCUACCGCUGUUGACGCCACCCGACAUGAACUGCCUGUCAAGAAUUUCUACAUUGACGGGGACACGGGGGAAUUUCUAGAUAAAGCAGAGACGUGCCUGAAGGAGACUGAGAAGUUGCUGGUGGAGUGCACAGAGGGAGAUCGUAAGGACAACAGCACUUCUCUAGAGUGCCUUAGGGACAUGAAAAUGACAUCAAAGGACAUCAGUCAGCAGCUAUCAGGUGCAUUUUCAGAGCUGCUGGAGCUGUCCUCAUUGGUCAGCCGCCAAACAGUCCAUGUCCAGCAAGCCGCAGAGGAAGAACAGCUUGGCACUGCAAGAACCCUUGAGCUCUACUGCCCCAAAAAGUGAAAGAUGCCACUUGGCAUGGGAUACACAGUACAUGCACUUUGGAUACUCCUCCACCCCUGAUUUCCCCCAGUUUUUUUGUAUAUUGUUACCAUUUUGUGUCUUGUUUUGUUUUGUUUUUUUACUGCGAUUUAUUUGCAUCUGUAUGAUGUCAUAUUGUAAAUUUUGGAUGAGUGAUACUGUGUAUGGACCAUUGUUAAUAAAUUGAACAUAAAGCAAUAAAAGUCAAUGUGGACAUAUCAA